AUGUCGAACCACAAUGAUAAGAAUGAUAGUGAUGAUGAAGGUUUGCUCACAUUCUCCCUCUCAUGCGGCACCAGUCGAAAGAGACCAGCGAGAGACUCUCCACCAACAAGGCAACUCGUGAGGGUACCAUGCACACCCUCCAUCGUUAAUGAUAUCGACGCUCCUCCACCGGCUAAGUCAAAUCUUCGCCCACCCCGCCGCCGUGGUCGCUCCUCAUCCGGGGCGAAGAGCGAAACCAUCCCUCCGCCGUUCCCCUGGGCCACGGACCGGCGCGCCACCGUUCACAGGCUGGCCUACCUUUAUGAGAACGGGAUCCACGCCAUCAAGGGGAAGGUAGAGUGCAAGAGGUGCAAAAACAAGUUCGAAAUGGUUCUUGAUCUGGAGUACAAUCUGAGACGGGUGAUGAAAUUCAUUGAUGAGGAAUUCGAGAAGAUGUACGAAAGGGCACCCGAGGUUUGGAUGCGGCCUGAGCUCCCAAAAUGCGAGCAUUGCGGACAAGACAACAGCGUCCAACCUUCGUUUGAAAAUACGAAGAAAAAGAACAUUAACUGGUUGUUCUUGUUGUUGGGUCAAACCAUCGGGUGCUGCACGCUCGCACAAAUCAAGUAUUUCCUCAAACACAACGACUACCAUCGCACUGGCUCCAAAGAUCAUGUUCUUUAUGAUUCCUACAUCUGCCUAUGCAACCAGCUUAUUCCUCACUCCUUUCCUCAUCGUAACAAAACGUGA